UAUCACAAGGACGCAACGUUUGUUAAUUUUACGAAAAAGAAAGCAAAUUAAAAGUUGAAGAGAACUUUUCAUUGUUAUAUGCUUUCAAUUACAAAUCUUAAAUAUAAUGUGACUAUGCUUUUUUGAAAAAGUGGAUAUCCCAAGGAACUUUUUCCCUGAAAACGCUUUGAAGUACCCUUGUCUCGUUGAAAUAAGUGAUCAAUUAUUAUAGUUAUGUUGACGUGCUCGCGAAGGUUUUUACAGUGAAAGUUCUGGACAAAGUUUUCUCUGAUAAAAUGAUAUAAAGUAAAAUAAAGUGUAGUGUACCGUCGGUUUAAUGGAGGCCAGCGGUUUCCCGGCUGGUGCCGAGUGCGGCGAGGAGAUAGAACGCGCACUCAUGGACCUGGGACCGCUGCUCGGAGUCACCAUCAAGGAGGAGGCGCCGGACGAGCUUUCGGACAGCACUGCUGCUUCCCGCGCCAAUGUGAGCAGUGUGCAAGAUGGAGCUGGCAGUAGUGGGGCUGAUGCAAGUAAAGGGGAGUCAGGAGAUGGGGUCGACUCACUGGCCUCGCCGGCCGCUCGCACCAGCUUCCUCACAACUAAAUGUGCUUUCUGUCAGGUUUUACUGUCACAAACUGAGGGUAUACCCAAACUGAUGGAGUGCCUCCAUUCUGCUUGUGAGCCUUGUGUAAAACAGAAGGUUGAAGAGAAACUGGCUGGGAGUAGGGACUUUUUAGGAGCGGGUCGCGUCACGAUACAAUGCGGUACGUGUCGGCUGCAAUGCCAGCCCAACAACAUGAUCGAUCAGCGGUUUGUGCUUGAGAAAGUUGCUGUCGAACAAGCUGGCAGCAGUGGUGCAGGUAGCGGUGAACAUCAAUGCAACAGCUGUGAAGACACAGAGCCAGCAAACAGUUACUGUGUGGACUGCGCGGAAUUUAUCUGUGACAACUGUGUGCAGGCACAUCAGAGGCUAAAGAUAACGAAGGACCACACGAUCAAGUGCAAGGAGGAGGCGCUGGCCGAGCAGCAGGCAGCGCAGGGCGCGCGCAACGCGCACGACAUGUUCUGCCGCGACCAUCCGCAGGAGCGUCUGAGCCUGUUCUGCGAGACGUGCGACCGGCUGACGUGCCGCGACUGCCAGCUGCAGCACCACCGCGACCACAAGUACCAGUUCAGCACUGAGAUGGCCGCGCAGGCCCGCUCCAGUAUAGCGGCGCUAGUAUCGGAGGUGAGCUACAAGCGCGUGCUGCUCGGCUCCGCGAUGAAAGUGAUCCGCGACCGCCAGCAUCUCAUCGCCGACAAGAAGAAGGCGCUCGUGCACGAGAUCACGCAGACCGUUGUCAAGUUAACUAACGCGAUAAACACGCGCGGCAAGCAGCUAGUAUUGCGGCUGAACGAAGUCUGUGACAGCAAGCAACGCACGCUGGGCGAGAAGAAGGAAGCACUGGCUCAGCUCGCUGCCAUCACCGACCACUGCCUCGCUUUCGUAGGAGCUGCGCUUGACCAGGGCAGCGACACGGCGGUGCUGUACAGCAAGCGCGCGGUGUGCGCGCACCUGCAGCGCAUCAAGAGCCGGCGCGCCGACAUCCCCAACCCGGAGAUCCCCGUGCGCAUCACGCUCGCGCUCGACAAGCUGCCCGACCUCGUCCGGGUGCUGUCAACGAUCGGCGCGAUCGUAGUGGAUGGUAAAGUGGACGGCGGCAGCUCGAGCCCCGGCACUACAAGCGGUACCGGUGCGGGCAACAGUACCGGCAUGAGCGGUGCGGGUACCGGUACCGGUGCGGGUGCGGGAUACCCGCCCGGCCCGGUACCGCACUCCGCACCGCAUUCCGCUGUGAUGGCCCUGCAGCAAGUCGCUAUGCACCAGUCCAUGGCAAGAUACCAGUCGUACGUGCAAGCGGCGGGUGGUGUGGGCGGGGUGGGCGUGGGCGUGGGCGGGUACAUGGGCGUGGGGCGGGGCCGCGCGCACACGCCGCUGCGCCAGCCCCACGUCACCUCCACCACGCACCCGCACCAGCUGCACGGCAUGAACGACAUGAACCUGCGCGGUCUAUUGAACGCGAACGGUCGCGGCGGCGGUGCGGGCGCGCGUGCGAUGUUGCCGCACGGCGCGCACGGGGCGCACGCGCACGCGCACGCGCACAACGCGCAGGCGCAAGCCAUGCACCACGCCUACCAACACAUGAUGGGCCAGUACGGUGGCGCGUCGUAUGGCAGCGGGCGGCGCAGCGGCGGGCCGCGCACGCCGUCCCCCGCGCCGCCCGCACACGCCGGCCCGCCGCCCGCCGGCCCACCGCCCGCCGGCCCGCCGCCCGCACACCCCGCCGGCCCCCCGCCCGCCGCGCCGCACUACCCGCACACGCCGCCCGCCAAGUGGCACAUACCGCAGCAUGGGCAAAGCGGUGUGUCGGAGAGCGGUGCGGGCGGCGGCGGGAGCGGGGGCGGGGCGGACUACAAGAUCACUCUGGGCCGCCCGCACUCUGCGCGCGCGCCGCUCGUCUCCUCCACCAACCCCAAGACGCCCAGCCCCAGCCUCAACGGCGGCGCCUCCGAGCUGGACAAGGUGUGCGCGGAGUCUGUGCAGGACCUGAUGGCGACGAUCGCCAAGCUGGACUCGAACGGCGUGCAGGUGGUCGCCGAGCGCGCCUCGCCCGCCUCGCCCGCGCCCGUGCACUCCUCCACCGACGGUAAAGCGUUAACGGGCGGCAGCGACCCGAACGAGGACUGGUGCGCGGUGUGCAUGGACGGCGGCGAGCUGAUGUGCUGCGACAAGUGCCCCAAGGUGUUCCACCAGUACUGCCACAUCCCCGCCGUCGAGAAGCUGCCCGAGGAGACGGAGUCGUGGCAGUGCCUGCUGUGCGUGAACUUCGCGGAGCAGCCGGUGGAGGGUAGUGCAGGGGGUGCGGGUGGUGGGGAGGGGCUGGUGGGGCGGCGCCGCCGGCUGGUGGAGCGCAUCACGCUGGAGCUGUACUGCCAGUACGAGCUGUCGCUGCCCUUCCGCGACGCCGCGCACCUGCACCCGCCAUACGCCACUGAUACGAGCAACACGAUGUGCCUGGACGUGAUCCGCAUGAAGCUGCAGCCGCGCUCCGCCGGCCGCUACACGCACGAGGCGCAGUUCGUGGCCGACGUGCGCGCGCUCUUCCGCAGCGUGUACCGGCACAAGCCCGCGGACUCGCAACUGUAUAAGGACGCGAAGAAGCUGGAGGAGUUCUUCGACGCGCAGCUGCUCAAGUGGCUGCCCGAGUACGCGUACUGGAGCGGCGAGGGCGAGCCGCCCGCCAAGCGCGCGCGCGUGGACUGACCCGCCCCGCACACCGCCGCCAGUGCCGCCAGCAAGCCGCUGCUCAAGCCCUCCAUCCUGGCCGGUGCCGUGCUGGCCAACAGCACCGCGACGUUCGCCAAGCCCUCCGCGCCCUCCUGCAGCGCGCACGCACACAACCCCUCGCUGGGACACCUCAUGGCCAUGUCCACGGCGACGAUGCAGUCGCCCGCUGUGGUGGCCAUGUCUUCGCGGGCCAUGGCGCCGAUGUCGUCACCGGCCCGCGUGUCCAUGUCUUCACCAGCAAUGGGGCCGAUGUCGUCACCUAGCGUGAUGCAAAUGUCCUCACCUAGCGUGAUGCAAAUGUCAUCAACUAGCAUGAUGCAAAUGUCACCCACCCGGAUGCCCAGGUCUUCACCCGCCUGUGUAUCGAUGUCGUCGCCCGCCCGGAUGGCCAUGUCGCCCGCCCGUGUAUCGAUGUCGUCGCCCGGCAUGGUGUACAUGUCGCCGGUCAUGUCACCGAUGUCAACGCCCACGAUGGUUGGCAUGCCAUCGCCAGCCAUGUCAUCUAUGUCGCUGGUGCCGCUGCCCCUGGUGGUGCGCCCGCAGCCCAUCGCCCCACCCACAUUCAACUAUCACCACGUGUACCACCCGGGACGAUACCUGCCCCACUAAAGUGAACGUACUGUGUGCAAAAGUGAAACGAUUCGUGUAAAUACGGAAUUUUGAUAUAAUAUAAACGCAACUUCCAUAAACUUUUUGUGUAACAAUUUAAUUCGAGCGGAUCUUAAAUUGUAGCGUACAUUAAUGUUGCAGUGCGAAAAAUGAUUUUAGUUCUGUUGAUUGUUUUAAUAAUUUGUCAUAAUAAUUGUUAUUAUUAUAUUUUAACUGCUAAUGUACAAGCGGAUUUGAUCAACAUUGGGUUUCAACUACUAAACAUCAUGAUAUUUAUGAAUAAAAGUGAAAACAGACGCUAUUUUAGAAUUUGUAGUAUAAGAGUUACAUGUAUUGUGCUUCGUAUAUUAUGAAGCAAAAUUGCGAAAUUUUACAUUGUUAUUAUUAUUAUUAUAUAUUUCAGUCUCUCCAUUCAAACAAUAUUUGCUUACGUAACUAACUUCGAAAUGCUCUUAUAUUUCGACAGUUGUGUUAAUGCAUAGUUCCUGUUAUAACUUAAUUCGUAAACACGACUUGUUGUAUUGUAAUUGUUUGUCGAAGGUGCGAUAGUAACAUUCGGAAAUAUAUGUAUUACUUUUAACAUCAUAUUAAUAAUAUUAUUAUAUAUAUAUAUUUAUUAUUUUUUUUUAUUAUUACUUCGUUGUUUAUAAUCAAGAAAUUAACUAAUAUUUAAAUCAAUAUUUUUGAAAUAUUGUGGAUUUUAUAUAUUAUAAUAUGACAAAUAUCUUACUUACAAUUGAAAUUUAAAUAAGUUGCGAGAAUUGAUGGUAAUUUGAUGAUUAUAUGAUAUUAUUAAGAACUUAAGUUGUAAAAGUAGCUGGAUAGUAAUUCUAAUUAAAAUAUGUCUCAAAGAGUAUGUUUGCUGCGUAAUCGCGUGUCUCCUCUUCUUUUAUAUGGAUAAGUUGCUUUAUCGGUUUUAAUACAGUGCGAAAUCACUACUAUUUUUUAAUUAGACUGUAAAAUCUAAUUUAAGUAUUGUUGGAGGUUGAAUGUUGGCCAAGGAAACCUGUGAUUUGUGUGUUGUGGACUUGUGGCGCAUGUGUAAAGUUAUUUCGUUUGAAUCUGUAUCACACCGCACACGGGGGGCUCAACUGUUAAUACUCGUUCUCUCAUGAAUAUUAAAGCCCACAUCACCACUUCUUAACGAAGUCCCCGCGAUGUUACGAGUUAUAUUUAUUUAUAUGUAGUUGUAAAGUAUAUUUUUACUGAAAGUAUGACGACUAUCACUAGUUAGGUCGCUCACGCACAAUAUAGAUUUAUUUAGUUAGAAUAAUUAAAUGAUAUUUUGUUUAAAACAUUUUUAUUGUAAAUGGCAAGAUGUUCCGAUUUUUUUACUUGAUACAAAACCGUGGUUGUUUAGUCGCUGACUGUGCGAUACCAUUAACAUAUUAUGUAUUAAACAAUAUAGCCAAUGUUAGUGAUAGGUAGGGUUAAAUGAAAGGUGCGAGGCGGGCCUUGGUCUGUCUGUUUGUUGGGAUGUUUGUCCAGGAGGAGAGUGGAAACUUGUUUGUUUGGAUCUUGAAUGACUAAGUGUUACAAAUGCUGUCGGCAUUCGUUACUGAAGCUCUUACGUUCAUAUAUAAUCUCGUACAUAAGUACUAUUAUAAUAAUAAAAAAACUAUUAAAAUA